AUGACUUUGAAACUGAUUGACUUUGGUUACUCUGCCCAUAUAGAUACAACUUCAACUGGCACUAUUUUUAAUCAUUUUUCCGGUACACUCAAAUAUGCGCCACCAGAAUGGUUUCGAUCUAAGCAGUACAAUGGCAUCAAUGCGGAGAUUUGGACUCUUGACGCGCUGCUCUACCGAAUGAUCACUGGAGUGCAUCCAUUUAAAAACAUAAAAGAGAUCAGUAACGCAAAUGUGAUGUUUAAGAAGAACAAGCCAGCUCCGUCUGUCAAAUGUCAAAAUCUGAUUUGCAAGUAUCUGGCUCUGGACCCCUGUAAUCGCCCCACAUUGGAGAACAUACAACGUCAUCCUUGGCUUAACGUUGCUUCAAAAUAA